GGAAAAACUCGCGUUCUUACAACCAGUUAGGCAAGAUGACUUUGAAGGUGAAGGUGUUUGUUUCAUUAGCUAUGACUACGUGUGUUCUCACUCAAGGAAAAGAAGUAGAUCAAUCUUGUGCGCUUAAAAAUGGGAUUGAAGGAAUAUGUAAAGCUGUUCAAAAUUGCGAAUCUGCGCAAAAAGACCUUAUAAAGAAGGUAACACCAGUUCUUUGUGGAUUUAAUAACACUACACCAAUAGUUUGUUGCGAAAAACAUAAUUUGGCGAAAACUCCAAGGAUCAGCGAAAAAAAGUGUAAUGAAUAUCGCCGUCUGACCACAUAUUACGUGGAGGUAGUUAAGUUAAUCAUUGGCGGUGGUGGUGUUGAUGCUGAACCAAAAGAAUUUCCUCAUAUGUCACUUUUAGGAUAUGGAAAUAAUGGUUCCAUAGAAUUUAAAUGUGGUGGAAGCUUAAUCAGCGAACAAUUUGUUUUAACAGCAGCUCAUUGCUUGGAAUCAAGAGAAUUGGGACCAGUAAAAGUAGUUCGGAUCGGCGAUUUAGAUACUGCAACCGAUAAAGAUGACGCAGCCCCGCAAGAAUUUUCAGUUAUCAAUACUUACCCACAUCCUGAUUAUACCACAGAUUCAUUUUAUAACGACAUAGCAAUUCUUAAAUUAAAUAAACCAGUACAAAUCACGACUUAUGUUAAACCGGCUUGUUUACAAUCCGAAUUAGAAUUUGAGGGACAAUUAACAGCCACCGGAUGGGGUGCUUUAUUUUACGGGGGCGAGAUGUAUAAUAAACUACAAAAAUUAGAUCUUAUGAAUCUAGAAAAAGAAAAAUGUUUACCGACUUAUAAGUCGCAAAAAAAUCUUCGAAAUGGAAUCGACAUUGACAUCCAAAUUUGCGGGGGUAACUUACAAAAAUCUGUUGAUACUUGUCAAGGAGACUCGGGAGGUCCUCUUCAGUAUCAAAUUCAAUUCAAACCACCUGUUCAUAAAAUAGUUGGGGUAACUUCUUUUGGGAUUCAUUGUAAUUUAGUACCAGGAAUUUAUACCAGAGUUUCUAAAUAUAUUUCUUGGAUUGAAUCAAUUGUUUGGCCAAAUUUAAAUUAGUUAAUAAUAAAUUUUUUGCUUCUUUACAAUA